AUGGAUUCGUUGCUUGUUGCUCCUUUUUCUCACUCAUACUCGUAUUCAAUCACCACCACUAGUCGGAAUCUAUGGCGGAGUAAAGCUUGUGCUAAUAAUUACUGUGCCAUUCCAAGUUCUUGUGCUCCAAAAGCUUCGAGGCACAAAUGGAAUAUUGAAAAAGAAUAUAACGUUUUGAAGUUCUUGAAGCCAAGUUUAAGUCUUUAUGGCAAAGGCACUGAAGAAGGGUCUACACAUCAAGAAUGCAAUAGAAAAUUUGUUGUGAAAGCGGCCCCUGAACAAUCUUUUGAAUCUGAGCAGCCUGAUUUUGAUCCAAAAAACUUUUUGGAUGCUUUCUACAGGUUUUCCAGGCCACACACAGUUAUUGGCACAGCAUUAAGCAUACUUUCUGUGUCUCUUCUUGCAGUGGAGAAACUAUCAGAUAUAUCCCCUUUAUUUUUUACAGGUGUGUUGGAGGCUGUAGUAGCUGCCCUGUUUAUGAAUAUUUAUAUUGUUGGUUUGAAUCAAUUGUCCGAUGUUGAAAUAGACAAGAUAAAUAAACCAUAUCUUCCAUUGGCAUCUGGAGAAUAUUCCUUUGCAACUGGUGCAAUUAUUGUUGCAUCUUCUGCGAUUUUGAGUUUCUGGCUUGGCUGGAUUGUAGGUUCAGGGCCAUUGCUUUGUGCUCUUUUCGUCAGUUUUGUGCUAGGGACAGCUUAUUCAGUCAAUGUUCCCUUGUUGAGAUGGAAGAGAUUUGCAGUGCUCGCCGCAAUGUGCAUUCUUUCUGUUCGUGCAGUUAUAGUUCAACUAGCAUUUUUCCUUCACAUGCAGACAUUUGUGUACAAGAGGCCAGUUGUCUUUUCAAGACCUUUGAUCUUUGCAACGGCAUUCAUGAGCUUCUUCUCUGUAGUUAUAGCAUUGUUCAAGGAUAUACCAGACAUCGAAGGAGAUAAAAUAUUUGGCAUUCAAUCUUUUUCAGUACGUUUAGGUCAGAAGCCGGUAUUCUGGAUUUGUGUUUGCCUUCUUGAAUUGGCUUAUGGAGUCGCCCUUGUAGUCGGAGUAACAUCUUCUUCCCUAUGGAGUAAAAUUGUCACGGGUCUUGGACAUGCUGUACUUGCUUCACUUCUUUACUAUCAUGCCAAAUCUGUAGAUUUGAAAAACAAAGCUUCCAUAACAUCCUUCUACAUGUUCAUCUGGAAGCUAUUUUACGCAGAAUACUUACUCAUACCUUUAGUUAGAUGA